GAGUCUGCGCGAUGGGCGACUCGGGAAGGCCGGAAGCGGCCCGGCCCGAGGAGGGUGAGAGCUUAUCUUCAGAUGACAAUGACAAUGAAGAGAAGUCACAUGACGAGCCGCUCCUUAGAAAGAGUUCUCGCCGAUUUGUCAUCUUUCCCAUCCAGUACCCUGAUAUUUGGAAGAUGUACAAGCAGGCGCAGGCGUCCUUCUGGACAGCAGAAGAGGUUGACUUAUCAAAGGAUCUCCCUCACUGGAACAAGCUGAAAUCAAAUGAGAAGUGUUUUAUCUCUCACAUCUUAGCCUUUUUCGCAGCCAGUGAUGGAAUUGUAAAUGAAAACUUGGUGGAGCGCUUUAGUCAGGAGGUGCAGGUGCCGGAAGCUCGCUGUUUCUAUGGCUUUCAAAUUCUCAUCGAGAAUGUUCACUCAGAGAUGUACAGUUUGCUAAUAGACGCUUACAUCAGAGAUCCCAAGAAAAGGGAAUUUUUAUUCAAUGCAAUUGAAACAAUGCCAUGUGUUAAGAAAAAAGCAGAUUGGGCUUUGAGAUGGAUAGCAGAUAGAAAAUCUACUUUUGGGGAAAGGGUGGUGGCUUUUGCUGCUGUAGAAGGGAUUUUCUUCUCGGGAUCUUUUGCUGCUAUAUUCUGGUUAAAGAAGAGAGGUCUUCUGCCGGGACUGACUUUUUCCAAUGAACUCAUCAGCAGAGAUGAAGGACUUCAUUGUGACUUUGCUUGCCUGAUGUUUCAGUACCUAGUAAAUAAGCCUUCAGAAGAAAGGGUCAGAGAGAUCAUUAUGCAUGCUGUUGAAAUUGAGCAGGAGUUUUUAACACAAGCCUUACCAGUUGGCCUCAUUGGAAUGAAUUGUGCUUUGAUGAAACAAUACAUUGAGUUUGUAGCAGACCGAUUACUUGUGGAGCUUGGAUUCUCAAAGGUUUUUCAUGCAGAAAAUCCCUUUGAUUUUAUGGAAAACAUUUCUUUGGAAGGGAAAACAAAUUUUUUUGAAAAACGAGUUUCCGAGUACCAGCGUUUUGCAGUUAUGGCAGAAACUACAGAUAAUGUCUUCACCUUGGAUGCAGAUUUUUAGAACCCUGUCCAUUUCUAAAUGGCCGUUUGUAAACAGUAGUCUAUUUUUCUCUCUCCUCCCCACCUAAACACACCUCUUUAAAGGAAAAAAGGAAACUUGGUUAGAAAGGAAAUCCCAAACCAAAUUUUAGUCAAGUUAGAUUUUUAUCAAGACAAACCAAUAUUUUUUUUAGCAGGCAGCAUUUGUUUUAUAACUAAAAUAUAAGAGGCCUUUAAUUGUGUAGUAGUUGAGAUCAUUUUACUGACAGUUAGAUAAGAGUUUGGGGUUCUGUCCUUACUACUUUGUAUAACUCUUGGUGAGUCAGUUAAUUUCUUGAAGUCUCAAUGUAUUUACCUUUAAAAUGAAUAUUUUAAAGAUUUAAUAAUUAAAUAGACCCUACAACAGAGUAAAUAAGAAGAUUAAUGCCUAUAUAUAUAUGCUUAUCCUGAUACUACUGUUAUUACUACUGCUACUACCACUACUGAUUAUUAUUUUACUGUUGUGUUAAUUGUAGUGGUAGUGUGAUAAAAUGCUCUACCUCAUCAUAGGAUGCUAGGUCAUAUUUUUAGUGUUGGGGGUGGGAGUGAAAUACAGGAAUAUCUUUGGGAUAAUUUUUAUUCACAUGAGAAUAACUUCUUGGACAGCCUCAGUAUGUAAUCGAGAAAAUUUAGUUCUCCAUUGCUUUGGAAGAGAUGCUUACGGAGUGGAAUCCAGGAGGUUAUCACGGUAGUUGACCUGGAAAGCAAAAUGAUUCUGUUCCUUCUGAAAUUAAAGGGGUAAUGCCAGCUUUUUGGCCCUGGAAUGUUUAGAACCAGCAGUGGCUAGAACAGCAUUCCCCCAAAGCAUUCACAUGAGUUUGUAUUCCAGAGUAGCCAAAUGCGUUUGCGAGAGCUGCACGUCCCAUCCCGUUAGGGUAUGCAAUCAACCCUGCCUACAGAGACUUAACUUCUCCCAGCACCUUCCAAUCUUGUUAAACCCAGAUCUGGUUUACCUACUCAAACCUCACCAGCUAAUGUUUCCUAGGAUAAGUGGAAAAGGCUCGCCUACAACCAUUUACAGGAACGCUGGUGAUGCAGACGUGAAAGUGUUCAGCUGCUAGUCAAGAGGUCAGUGGUUCAAACCCACCAGGCACUAAUGAGAGAAAGCUGUAGCAGCUGAGUUCCUGGAAAGCCUGGAGGGCUGGUUGGUUGGGUAGAAUCAUUUACAUGUAGUGGAAGGGUUGUGGCCUUAAAAAGGAAGAACCUGAUUACCAAAUGAUUUCCAAUUUGAUUCAAGCUGCGUAAGAAAACUGAACCUCAGCUAAGCUGCUUAAUAUGCUUAGAGUACUUAUACACCAUUACAGGAUUCAGUUCUUGAAUGAAGCUUUGUGUGCUGCACUAGCAGGUGGCGAGGGAGGUAGAGUUCUUUCUAGAGGAAGCCACAGAGAGAGGCCAGAUACCAAGAUCUCCAAGAAGUCUGCCUGUCUGUCUCUACGGCUAGGAAGUGUUGGAAGUAGUCCAGCCCGUCAGGCAGUGUGCUUCCCCAGUCACGGCAACUGUAAAGUGCUGGAAGCUCUUUCCUCUGUUGAUCCCAUUACUACUUCUAGUUGAUCAAAAUUAGAAGCAUUCUCAGAUGAAGACGAAAAGAAAGGCCAUGCACUUUGUCCAACAGACAAUAUAUCAUGAACUCGAGGUCUUUGGGCCGAUGAUAAUACCAUUUAUACCGCGCUUUGCAGUUUGCCAAGAGUUCUUAUAUCUCAAUUGGUUGUCACAAUAGCCUGAGAAGUUUGAAAGAGGAGCUAUGAUUUAAAUUUCACAGAUGAAGAGAUUGUAGCUCAGAGCAGUUAAUGGCUUGACCAAGAACUGCUCAGGGUGAUUGUCCCUGUAGUACACUUCUUUCUUAGAGAUUGUCACGUCUCGGCUAUGUAGUCCUUUCCAUCAUCUUGAUUUGAUUUUGCCUAGUCCCUCAUUAAUUAAAAUUGCACAUCUUUUAAUUAAAGCCUGACAUGUGUUCAUUAAAGUAGCACAUACAUCAAUUAAAGUAUCAACGGUUCAUAAAGAAAUGUUUGAACUAUAGUCGGAAACAUGUUCAAAGAUAUUUAACUUACAUUCAAAACUCCUAAUAUCUGUAAUGGUAUCAGAAUGAAAGACAAAAAAGUCUUAUUCCUUUUCUUUUGAAUCCAAAUAUUUAUCGGAGUUAACUUCAAGUGACUUUAUUGAAUGAAGUUUAUUUAUAGUAGCAAUCAACAUGACUGUUCAGCUGGAGGUAUAGAAAGACUCCAUUUUUAACACCCUGACAGCAUUUGAUAUUCUAUACUCCUUUCAGGUCUCCAAGUUGCUUUUUAGGUGUUCAUUAUGUCUUAUAUUAAAUAUUUAUUUUGUUCAGUAUUUAGGUUGAGUUCUUAAUAAAUCAACGGUUGUGGAAUUGCUUUUUAAUAUUAUCUUGUAGGUUUAAAAAAAGUAUGUUUCCAUCUGUGUGUGUUUGUGUGUGUGUGUGUGUGUGUGUUUCAGCCCACAUAUUAAAUCAUUGCUGUAAUAGUUAAAGCUAAGUCACUAUUUAGAAAAAUAAAUGUACUUCUAUGACAUUGCAUUUAUUAACAGUGUUUCAUUGUAGACCGAAUAUCAUGGUCUGGAGGAACUGUUUGGUUGAGACAGGGUUGGAUUUUACUGUUCAAUUAUGUGUAAUAAACAAUGCCUAUAAAAUACGUUCAUGUUUUGGUAUAUAAAAUUUUCAUUAUAGUUUUAUUUGGAACAUACAAAUGUUUCUGUUGCUUUUAGCAUUUUUAUUUUUCAUUUGUCCAUGGAAAAAAGUAACAGUUUUCAUAUUUACAACUAUUUACCACUUUAAUUUUAACAUAUAAAUAUAUAUUGCUAAUAUUGCUGGUAUGUAAUUUCACAUUUCAGCUAUAUCUAUAUGGGGGGGCUUCAAGAGUUCAUGGGGAAAAAUGGAAUGAAAAGAUAAUGGAAUUUUCCAUGUGCAUUUUGAAGCUCCAUAUUAAACUGAGGGCUAAAUGUCAGUAACUGAUUUUUUUAUUGUAAAUAUAUGUAUAUCCCAAUAUUUUCCAAUUAACAUUUCAUAUGUACGAUUUAGGAACAGUACUGACAUGUGCAGCUAUCACUCGUCCUCGUUUUGUACCCCAGUUUCCAUCACCAUCAACAGACACUCCAUGCUUCCUACCGAGUGAAGCCUUUGCCUUCAUCCCUCACACCGAUUGUAACCCGUUUAACUUUGCUCUCAGUGUUUGCCCAUUCUAGUUCCUUCAUAAAGCAUGAGAUCAUCCA